CUUUUUCUCCACCCAGCGAUUAGUUCUGUCUGCGUUGCGCGCUCCUGGCGAUUCGCGCCGCCAUUGAGUUGCGAGUCUGACACUGUAGCUGGUGAAGCUUUGUUUGGGAGGUGCAGCUGUUUUUUUAAUAUUGUUCAAACAAAGCGCACCAAAAACUUUCUUUAACCAUGAGUAAAAAAGAAGAAGAAGAGAUUAUAAGAAUCGCGAAAAAGAUGGACAAGAUGGCGCAAAAGAAGAACGGGUCUGGUGCUUUAGAUCUGCUGAAGGAACUUAAGAAUAUGCCAAUGACUCUUGAGUUACUGCAGUCUACAAGAAUUGGGAUGUCAGUAAAUGCUAUUCGCAAACAGAGUACUGAUGAAGAAGUCACAUCCUUAGCCAAGUCACUCAUUAAAUCAUGGAAGAAACUCUUGGAUGAACCUGGUGGUGGAGGUGGAGGAGGAGGAGAUAAGGUGCCUGAAGAGAAAAAGAAAGAUCCUCCAAUACCUACAACAUCCUCUUCACAAAAUAGUCCUGAACCUAGGGAAGAAAGCUCCAGUAGCAACUUUGGUGAGUCUGGGGAUGUCCCAACAAAUACCUUGAUCACCACUUUUCCACGGGCUCCUAGCACAUCUGAUUCUGUGAGGAUUAAAUGCAGAGAAAUGUUAUCCAAUGCUCUUCAGGCAGGCAAUGAUUACAUUGCCAUUGGAGCAGAUUGUGAUGAACUAGGAGCCCAAAUUGAGGAAUGCAUUUUCCAGGAAUUCAAAAAUACAGACAUGAAAUAUAAGAACAGGGUGAGGAGCAGAAUUGCUAACCUCAAAGAUGUGAAAAACCCAAACCUUAGAAGGAAUGUUCUAUGUGGAAAUGUUGCUCCUGAUAGAAUGGCUCAGAUGACAGCGGAGGAAAUGGCAAGUGAUGAGUUGAAAGAGAUGCGUAAAAACCUGACCAAAGAGGCUAUACGGGAGCAUCAAAUGGCUAGGACUGGAGGCACCCAGACUGAUCUGUUUGUCUGUGGCAAAUGCAAAAAGAAGAACUGUACAUACACACAGGUUCAGACCAGAAGUGCUGAUGAACCUAUGACUACGUUUGUUUUUUGUAAUGAAUGUGGAAAUAGGUGGAAGUUUUGCUGAGUAGUGUGCAGUACCACUUGGCAAGGAAAUGAACAAAUACUGCAGGACCAGGAUUCAAGAGUAUCCAUUUUGUACGUGUAUUUGUAAACUCAAACAAAUAGACAUUUUUUUCAUUUAGUGUCUUCUGGUGUAUAGAUCGUCAAAGAAAAGUCGGCUACCAUGAUACUUUCAUCAUCACUUUUACAGAUUCAUCCUUGUAUUUUUAUCUUCAGAUUAGCACAUUGUAAAGCAUCACAAUAUGACUUGAUGUUCAAACUUUCCUUUUUAUUUGUAGUUUGACAUUAAAAUUUUAUUAACA